AUGAAAUUAAGAAAGGAAGUAAGACAACAGAAGAGACAACACAAGAUUCCACGGCGUUUCGGCACGCUGACUGUCCCCAUCUUCAGGCAAGACUGGGUGCAGAAGACAGUCGCAGUCCAGCUGCGAGACUGGAGGUGGGAUGACGUGGCAGGCCAAGAGCACACUGAGAGAACUGCAAAGACAGUGUUGCCAGAGUCUCUACCAAUAAGUGUGCAAGUGCAGCCAGGCUGUGCGCUGAUUGGUCUGCACGCCUCGUCUGCAGCGGGUCCCACAGACACGGCCGCUCACAACUGCGCACUGCAGGGGACUCGAAGGAAACCAGCUGCGUGUCAGAACUAUGCAGCCUUGUUUGGGAUUCCUGUUCCGUUUACAAACAAACGUAGGAGGUACUGCGUCACGAGGUGGGGCGAUGCCAGCAGCUGGGCAUAUGGACAGCUGGGCAGCUGGGCGGAUGGGCGGCUGGGCAGCUGGGCAGCUGGGCAGCUGGGCAGCUGGGCAGCUGGGCAGCUGGGCAGCUGGGCGGUUCACCGAGUUGUAACCGAGCCACUAGAGUCUCAGCCUAGCUCUCAGCUGGAGCGCACAGCACUCUCCUCUCCAGUGAGCAGGAAUUGGGGCUCGCCCAGUGUAGCCGAGCCACUAGAGUCUCAGCCUAGCUCUCAGCUGGAGCGCACAGCACUCUCCUCUCCAGUGAGCAGGAAUUGGGGCUCGCCCAGUGUAGCCGAGCCACUAGAGACUCAGCCUAGCUCUCAGCUGGAGCGCACAGCACUCUCCUCUCCAGUGAGCAGGAAUUGGGGCUCGCCCAGUGUAGCCGAGCCACUAGAGACUCAGCCUAGCUCUCAGCUGGAGCGCACAGCACUCUCCUCUCCAGUGAGCAGGAAUUGGGGCUCGCCCAGUGUAGCCGAGCCACUAGAGACUCAGCCUAGCUCUCAGCUGGAGCGCACAGCACUCUCCUCUCCAGUGAGCAGGAAUUGGGGCUCGCCCAGUGUAGCCGAGCCACUAGAGACUCAGCCUAGCUCUCAGCUGGAGUGCACAGCACUCUCCUCUCCAGUGAGCAGGAAUUGGGGCUCGCCCAGUGUAGCCGAGCCACUAGAGUCUCAGCCUAGCUCUCAGCUGGAGCGCACAGCACUCUCCUCUCCAGUGAGCAGGAAUUGGGGCUCGCCCAGUGUAGCCGAGCCACUAGAGACUCAGCCUAGCUCUCAGCUGGAGCGCACAGCACUCUCCUCUCCAGUGAGCAGGAAUUGGGGCUCGCCCAGUGUAGCCGAGCCACUAGAGUCUCAGCCUAGCUCUCAGCUGGAGCGCACAGCACUCUCCUCUCCAGUGAGCAGGAAUUGGGGCUCGCCCAGUGUAGCCGAGCCACUAGAGACUCAGCCUAGCUCUCAGCUGGAGUGCACAGCACUCUCCUCUCCAGUGAGCAGGAAUUGGGGCUCGCCCAGUGUAGCCGAGCCACUAGAGUCUCAGCCUAGCUCUCAGCUGGAGCGCACAGCACUCUCCUCUCCAGUGAGCAGGAAUUGGGUCUCGCCCAGUGUAGCCGAGCCACUAGAGACUCAGCCUAGCUCUCAGCUGGAGUGCACUGCAGGCUCCUCUCCAGUGAGCAGGAAUUGGGGCUCGCCCAGUGUAGCCGAGCCACUAGAGUCUCAGCCUAGCUCUCAGCUGGAGCGCACAGCACUCUCCUCUCCAGUGAGCAGGAAUUGGGGCUCGCCCAGUGUAGCCGAGCCACUAGAGUCUCAGCCUAGCUCUCAGCUGGAGCGCACAGCACUCUCCUCUCCAGUGAGCAGGAAUUGGGUCUCGCCCAGUGUAGCCGAGCCACUAGAGUCUCAGCCUAGCUCUCAGCUGGAGCGCACAGCACUCUCCUCUCCAGUGAGCAGGAAUUGGGGCUCGCCCAGUGUAGCCGAGCCACUAGAGUCUCAGCUUAGCUCUCAGCUGGAGCGCACUGCAGGCUCCUCUCCAGUGAGCAGGAAUUGGGGCUCGCCCAGUGUAGCCGAGCCACUAGAGUCUCAGCCUAGCUCUCAGCUGGAGCGCACUGCAGGCUCCUCUCCAGUGAGCAGGAAUUGGGGCUCGCCAAGUGUAGCCGAGCCACUAGAGUCUCAGCCUAGCUCUCAGCUGGAGCGCACUGCAGGCUCCUCUCCAGUGAGCAGGAAUUGGGGCUCGCCCAGUGUAGCCGAGCCACUAGAGUCUCAGCCUAGCUCUCAGCUGGAGCGCACUGCAGGCUCGUCUCCAGUGAGCAGGAAUUGGGGCUCGCCCAGUGUAGCCGAGCCACUAGAGUCUCAGCCUAGCUCUCAGCUGGAGCGCACUGCAGGCUCCUCUCCAGUGAGCAGGAAUUGGGGCUCGCCCAGUGUAGCCAAGCCACUAGAGUCUCAGCCUAGCUCUCAGCUGGAGCGCACAGCACUCUCCUCUCCAGUGAGCAGGAAUUGGGGCUCGCCCAGUGUAGCCGAGCCACUAGAGUCUCAGCCUAGCUCUCAGCUGGAGCGCACAGCACUCUCCUCUCCAGUGAGCAGGAAUUGGGGCUCGCCCAGUGUAGCCGAGCCACUAGAGACUCAGCCUAGCUCUCAGCUGGAGCGCACUGCAGGCUCCUCUCCAGUGAGCAGGAAUUGGGGCUCGCCCAGUGUAGCCGAGCCACUAGAGUCUCAGCCUAGCUCUCAGCUGGAGCGCACUGCAGGCUCCUCUCAAACGAGCAGCACGCUGGGACUCAAUCAGUGUAGUCAAGCCUCUAGGAUUCCGGCCUGGCUCUCAGCUGGAGUGACGCGAAUCCAAGGACCUCCGAGGUGA